GGCGGCGCAGAGAGGGAAGAAAGGAUCGACUUCUGGCUUCGAGAGUACGGUCGAACCUGGCACGCGAUUGGCUGUCAGUUCAAAAUGUUGGUUAUUGCGGGCGAUGCCGUGCUGAUGUUGUGACGUUAAGCGUUUUCCUACGUUGUGCGCCGGAAAGUUGGGAAAAUCACGUAGCUGUGCGCGAGAGACCUGGCCGAGAUCACGCUCCGAGUUUCCGGCGAUUAUGGCUGCCGCCGCCGUGAGCUCCAAUGUGGAAAAUCUGUCGCCGCAAAUCAUCCGCCGGGUGGCCAAGGAGAUGGCAGAGUUGGUCACGCAAGCCCCCGAAGGUAUUCGUGUCAUUUUGAACGAGGCCGACGUCACCGACAUACAAGCCGUCAUCGAGGGCCCAGCGGGGACUCCGUAUGCCGGUGGGUUCUUUAGAGUGAAAUUAGUUCUUGGAAAAGACUUUCCGCAAGGGCCGCCAAAGGCUUACUUCCUUACAAAGAUUUUCCACCCUAAUGUAGCGAAAAACGGCGAAAUAUGUGUUAAUACUUUAAAAAAGGAUUGGAAGCCGGAUCUCGGAAUACAACAUAUAUUAUUGACUAUAAAAUGUCUACUGAUAGUGCCAAAUCCAGAAUCUGCUUUGAACGAGGAAGCUGGCAAAUUACUUUUAGAGAGUCACGACGAAUAUUCAGAACGAGCGAAAAUGAUGACAGAGAUACACGCACAGGGAGGUGGAAAAGGUAGCAAGGCAGGUCUGGAAAGUUGCGCCUCUUCAGAAACUGGUGGACCUCUUCCAAAAAAGCACGCAAGUGACAAGAAGUUAACGGCGGAAAAGAAAAAAAUGUUAAAAGAUAAGAAGAGGACACUGAAGAGAUUAUAAGGAAAAUCAAUAUUAUUUAUCUGUCUUUUGUAAUUUAAAAUAAACUAGUAUGAUAAUGUUGCCUCGUAUUGUAUACAAUUAUUAUUGCAUAGUAAAAUUUUAUUAUCUAAACUCGACUGAUCUUAUUAUUAAGUAUAUAAAGAAUUUAAUAUGUCUAGUUACGCAAAAAUAAGAAAAAAAAAUAAUAGAAACAAAAAAUUUAUCCACCUUGCGUGGAAGAUUAGUACACGUCUAGUAGAUAGAUCUACUACCGUCAUGGGCCGACGUAGAAAUCUGCUCUAUACUAUCUGUUGGCAAAUAUUUUUACAUAUGUACAGAAUGAUACGAUGUGAUUACUUGAGUGAAAUAAAGAAAAAAUGAUCUUCUA